AUGAUUCCCCUGUCCACCACCUCUCAGCGGAAAUGUUUACCCGGUCACUCUAUUCCUGAGAGAAACAUCUGCCCAUUUAAGAAGUUGGUGGGAAGCACAGGUGGGCGCUGCCAUUUCCUGGAGAAGUCCACUCUUAGCCCCACUCAGCCAUUCCGGGAACAACUGCAGCCACGCAACCGCAUUUCCACCGCCUUCAUUUUGCGUUUGGAGAAAUCCCGGACUGCAAGACACAGUCCCUUGGGCCUUGCCAGCAACUGCCUGCAGCUGGCCUCUGGCCCAAGGCCGAGCUGCUGGGAAGCGCUGGGUGUAGCAACAGUAUCAGCCCAGGCAUAUGGGCCCCUGCUCCAGGCAACUGUGUGGGUCCGACGGGGCCAAGAGGGGCCCCGGAGACGCACCCACACUCACCUCCAGCUCCUCCUGCAGCUGGAGCCCAGGCACGGGCUCCUGGUGGCAGCUGCUGCUCCCGAGCUGUGCUCUCAAGACCAGGAGCUUCCGGAGCCACCCACCGCCUCCCAGGGAGAGGCCAAGCUCUCGGAGCCAGGCACUGCAGCCCGGUGCCAGGGUCAGGGCCCACAGAGCAUGGAGCUCCCCCAGCAGGAAGCCAGGGGCCAGCUGGGCCCACGGCACAGCACAGCCUCUCCGCUGCACUCCGGGACCCUGCUCCAAAGCACCCCAGCGGGCAGCUCCUCCUGCUCUUGCUGCUCCUCCUGCUCCUCUCCUGGAGACGGAGCCGACAGGGACCUUCACAGAGCCGUCAAGGCCUCAGCAUCCGCCGCGGCUCUGACCACUUCAUCCUCCUCUCUGGGCUUUGAGACCGACGGCGGGGACCAUCCAGGGCACGACCAGCCUCAGGGAGGCCGUGGGGAACCGGGGCUGGACAUCCUCGCCAGGACCCAGAGCCAGCGGGGUCCCCCGCAGGCGGCGCCCCAGGGUGCCCACUACAUCACCACGCACGAGAUCCAGCUGAGCGAGGUGGAGCAGGACACGGACGUGGACGUGGGCCUGGCGUCCCGCUGGAGCUUCGAAGACAACAACGUCAUCUACUCGUUCGCGGACUACGCGUCCUUCGGGGGCAGCGACCUGACCACCCCCACCGAGGAGGACGAGGAGGCCAGCUGCUACCCCAGCACCACGCCCAGCAGUGACCCUGCCCGAGCCCGCAGCAGCAGCGGCAGCAGCAGCAGCGGCAGCGGCGGCGGCGGCCACACCGAGGGGGACCGCGGCCCUCCGCCCUGCUCCCCCACGCCAGCCCCCAGCGCCCCGCGCCAGCCCUGGCCUGAGCCCCCACGGCCGGGUCCAGGGACGGCCUCGAGCAGCUGCCGGCGGCCUGGGCGCCAGAUCCUCCUAUCAAUCACCCCGCCCAGCAGGGCUAUAAAUGAGCCUAGCAACGUGCGCACCGGGCGACUCUGCCGAGACGCUGCCAAGCAUGAAGGCGACAUGAGCCUCCGGGCGCCUGCCGAGCGAGGCCCCGGCUGCCUGCAGCAGGCUCCGGUGGCCGCCCCCGGGGCACAGGACCUCGCGCCCAAGCCCGGCCGCCUGCAGACCUGGUGCGGGGCCCUGCGCUCGCGCGAGCUGGCUGACCGCUCCAGCGGGGCCUCCAGCGGCCUGAGCGAGCUGGACGAUGCUGACAAGGAGGUGCGCAGCCUCACCGCGCGGGCUUUCCGCAGCCUGGCCUACCCCUACUUCGAGGCCCUGCACAUCAGCUCCCGCGAGUCCACGCUCUCCGAGGGGGGCUUCGGGCGCUGGUCCACCCUGCUGGACCUCAAGUGCGGCGGCGUGGGCGCCAGGGUGGAGCAGAGCCUGCGGAAGAGCAGCGUGGCCUCGGUGGCCACCGGCCUGUGGAAGGGCGGGAGCGCCAGGACCGCGUCCGAGCAGCUGCAGGUCCAGGCGAGGAGGGCGCAGGCCAAGGCGCUGGAGUUCGUGGUCAGCAAGGUGGAGGGGGAGAUCAAGCACGUGGAGACCCCGCGCCUCGCCCAGGGCCAGGCCCAGCCCGGCCCCCAGACUCCGGCCCCUCCAGAGCCGCCGAGCCAGCGCAGCGACAGCAAGGCCGGCAGGGCCGCCACGGCCGGGGAGACCCAGCCCGGGCCCCAGAAGAAGUCCAAGUUCGCCUCCAGCCUGCUCAAGAACGUCAUCUCCAAGAAGAUGCAGCGCGAGCAGGAGUUCAGGAUGGAGCGGGGCGAGGCGUCCGACACCAGCGAGCCCGAGCGCGCCCUGCAGAGGCAGAGCUCCCGCCACUCCGAGGCGGGCUCCGAGGGCACCCUCGGGAGCGUCUCCGACGUGGGUGCGGACAGCGCCUCGGCGGGCGGCAAGUCCCCGGUCUUCAAGGCCAGUGCGCCCCGGGAGAGCAUCUCCGGCCCAGGGGGGGCCCUGGCGGAGGACGCCUGCGAGGAGCCCAAGUCGGGCUCCGAGACGGCCAACAGCGCCCUCCUCCGCAGCCACAACAGCGCCUUUCGGGCCUGGAAGGAGAAGGAGGAGCAGCAGGCCCGGGACACGGCCCCUGGGGGCCGGCGGAAGGCCGCCAAAGCCAGUGACCCUGGGGACCCGGCCCCUGCCGGCAAGCCCACAGUCCUGUCCCGCCUCUUCGUCCCCAACAUCCAGCACACGAGCCAGCCGGCCACCAGCACGGCUGUGGUGAAGCCCAAGGCUCCUGAGAUCAAGAUCCGCCUGGGCAGCGUCCAGCAGCCUCCGGCCGCCGACUUCAGCAUCGCCAAGCUGCUCACGCCCAAGCUGGCCGGCGGGGACCCCGGCAGGGCGCAGCAGAGACUGCCCCGCGGGGACAGCCUGGACAAGGUGCCUCAGUUCCAGGUGCGGGACGUCCGGGACCGGUCCAAGGCGCAGGGGCCCCUGCACCAGGUGCGCGACGUCCGGAAGCUCAUCAAGGGGCCCGGGGACGGCGACAAGGGCAGCGUCACCCCCGAGCAGGGCGUCAGCCCCCGGCCCCGGCAGGCGGGCGCAGCCCGGCCGCUGUCCCCGAUGGUCAUCACCUGCCAGGCCCUGCUGAGCCAGCGGGACUCCGCGGAGCGCGCGGCCGCUGCGUCCCCCGAGGGCACCACGCUGGUGCACCGGGCUUCCGGCCGCCUGCCCGUGGCCACCAUCGCGCCCAACAAGCCCGAGCAGGGCUCCUACCUGCCGGUGCUCAGGAUCGUGUCCAAGGCGGCCGCGCAGAGGACGCCGGAGAAGGUGCGCGAGCGCGAGGAGGAGGCGGCGGCGGCGGCGGGCAGCGCGCUGGAGCGGCUCACGGCGGCCGUGCGCUCCAUGGACGAGCUGUACAGCUUCCAGCGGCACGCGUGGAAGCGCAAGAGCGACCCGCUGCCCGCCCUGGCCGGCAGCCACGUGCUGUCGCUCAUCGCCAGCGAGGAGCGGGCCGGGGCCGAGGCGGCGGGCGGCAAGGCUCUCCAGCGCCGCAGCUCCAACCCUGGCAGCGACAGCGUGUCCGCGCGCGCCGCAGCCUUCGAGGGCCUGAGUCGGGAGCGCCCGCGGUCCCUCUGCAUCGCCCCGGCGCACAAGGACCUCCCCACGACCUUGGCGCCUCGCGCGACCGCCGGCGCCAGCCCCCAGAGAAAAGGGGCCGUGGCGGGCAAGUUCCCGCAGGGGUCCCCCCAGGAGGGCCCCUCCACCCCGCGGGGCGCCCCGCAGUCCCUCAAGAUCUCGCCAGCCGCCAGGGCCCCUCCUGAAGGAAAGCCAGGCAGGCAGGGCGGCAGCGACUGCGAGAGCUACCUAGCCAUCCCUCCGAAGCGGAGAGAGGGUCCCCCCACGUCCUUGGCCGCCUCCCUCUGCAGCCUGCCCCCUCUCAGUGCCCGCAGCCAAGUGCCCGCCACGCCCCGGGGAUCCCAGGCCAGUGCCACCAACAGACCGGCCUGGCGCAACAAGCCAGACCAGCCUCGGGAGGAGGCCGGGCCCAGUGGGCCCCAGAGCCCGGAGCAGGCACCCACAGCCAGGUACCCCGCACAGCCCUUCGAUCUGCCAGGGGCCCAGGCCCAAGUCCUGUGUUUCCCCCAAACUGGCUUGCCCGCCCCGGCCCCCUCAGGGCCCGCAGACCUCUUUCAACAGCCACGGGCACCCCAGACCCAGCGCAAGAUGCUCCUGGACGUGACCACCGGCCAAUACUACCUGGUGGAUACCCCUGUGCAGCCAGCUACCCGCAGACUCUUUGACCCCGAGACGGGGCAGUACGUGGAUGUGCCAAUGACCACCCAGCAGCCAGCUGUGGCCCCUGUGUCCCUUCCUGUGUCCCCCGUGGCCCUGAGCCCCGGGGCCUAUGCCCCAACCUACAUGAUCUACCCCGGCUUCCUGCCCACAGUGCUGCCCUCCAACACGCUCCAGCAGGUGCCCCGUGCCACGGCAGGCAGCAAGCUCCCGGCCAUGGCAGCAGAGCCCCCAGGCAAAGAGGGGCCCUACUUCCUGGGCUCAGGCCAGGCUUCAGCCUCACCAUCCUCCCCUGCCCCGGCCACAGCCCAGCUUCUGGGCGCCCAGGGUUUCGGGCCACUGCAGGGCAAACCCAUCAUCAGCAUCACAUCGCAGCCCCUGGGGCCCCGGAUCGUGGCGCCCCCCUCCUUUGACGGUACCACCAUGAGCUUCGUGGUGGAACACAGAUGA